GUUUAUUUACCAAAAUCCAUUCGAUCAAAAAAAUUAAAUUCUAUUAAAAAUAAUGUGCAAUAAAAAAUUUAAAAAUGAAUUUUCAUAAUGAACCAUGUGAUCCAUCGACCCCGAAACGUCGUCGGCUUGGAAUAACAAAAACGAAACCUCAAAACGUAUUCAAAGCGGCAAAUUCAUCUUUCAUCAACACCACGCCUAUUCAAAUGCGUCUUUCUUCAAAUUUAGCUAAUAGGUGUGAUUCGCCGCCGCUACCAUGCAAUCAAAUAGAAUAUCUAUCUGAAUCAACAAGUAGUAGCUCAGUCACUAAUGAUAUACCAUGUUCACCUGGUGUUUUCGAAACUUGCUUCUUUAAGGACAUUGCAAAUUGGGAUUCAUUUAAAGUCUCUAAGAAUAAAGAAAAUAUACUAAAGGAUUAUGCAGAUGAAUUUAAUGAUGAGUUUCAAACAAGACCAGAACAAAAUAUUACGACCGAUUGUAGUAUUUCAACAUCUAAAUGUGAAAAGCUUUUUAGAGAUGAAAUAGAGCAGAGUUUUAAUAACUUAAAUCAAUCUAUAAUUAAUAUUAACAUUAAUAAGGAUAAGAGUUCAUUAUUUGAAACAAAUGAUUCAUUUUUACUAGACAUAAGAGAAAGUGGUAUUAUAACUAAUCAGGAAAACUCUAAAAAUGAUGAAAUAAAUAAAUUUACUAAUAAUCAAGUUAUUUUAAAUAUGAAUCAGAAUAACUUUUAUGGAUUGCCGAUGAUUGUAAAGGGAUUAUUUAAGACUUACAGAAAGAUUGAAAAAUUUUAUGAUUGGCAAGAAGAAUGUCUCAAUUUAGACACUAUCAAAGAACGGCGUAACCUUAUAUAUGCCUUGCCAACCAGCGGAGGAAAGACUUUAGUAGCAGAGGUAUUGAUGCUCCGGGAGAUACUGAAUAGAAAAAAAAAUGCACUUUUUAUUUUACCAUUUGUAGCUAUAGUUCAAGAAAAGAUUUGGUCCCUAGCACCAUUUGCACUGCAGCUAGAUUUCUUGGUAGAAGAGUAUGCUGGUGGUAAAGGGCACAUACCACCAAAGAAGAGGAGAAAAAAGAACAGUAUAUACAUUGCAACCAUUGAAAAAGGGCUGGCAUUAAUACGAAGUUUAAUUGAAUUGGAUAGACUUGAUGAGCUCGGCUUGAUCGUGGUGGACGAGUUGCAUUUGAUCGGAGAACCGGGACGAGGUAGUACACUUGAAAUGUUGUUGACAACUGUUAUAUUUGCUAACAAGGGAAUACAAAUUGUAGGAAUGAGUGCGACCAUAGGUAACCUUCCUGAUUUGGCAACCUUUCUAAAAGCUGACGUAUAUGAGAAACAGUUCCGUCCAGUCGAGCUGGUGGAAUACGUCAAACUGGGCAACGUUCUGCACCGGAUCGUGUGGGGUCCCGGUGGGAUGGAAAUCGUGCCCGACAGGGAACUCUCCUUCGACUACUCGCGCGCGGGCGCGGCGCUGGACCCCGACGCGCUGGGCGGGCUGGUGGCCGAGACGGCGCCGCGGGCCGCCUGCCUCGUGUUCUGCCCCACCAAGCGCAACUGCGAGAACGUCGCCGCGCUGCUCUGCAAGCUGCGGCGCAGGGAAAUGACAAACCAUCGCGUAGAAGAACGUGUCGCUUUGCAAACGGCGCUCCGCAACGAGGGUGCCGGAUUGGACCUGGUGAAAUUCGUGCGCUUCGGAGUGGCCUUCCAUCACGCGGGGCUGGCCGGGGAGGAACGAAGUCUGCUGGAGCACGCUUUCAGAGCCGGCGUGAUCUCCGUGCUGUGCUGCACGUCCACGCUGGCCGCCGGGGUCAACCUCCCCGCCCGGAGAGUGAUCAUUCGCGCGCCGCUCGUCGGCCGGGAGUUCAUCACCCUCGGCGCCUACAGGCAGAUGGCGGGGCGCGCGGGCCGGGCCGGCGCCUGCGAGGCCGGCGAGAGCGUGGUGGUGUGCGCGGCGGCGUCGUGGGCGCGGCUGCGCGCGGUGCUGGCGGGCGGGCUGGGCGCGGCGCGCAGCGCGCUGGGCGCGGGCGGCGCGGCGGGCGCGCUGCUGCUGAGCGGCGCGGCGCUGCGCCUGGCGGGUGCGCGCCGCGGCCUGCGGGCGCUGCUGCGCGCCGCGCUGCUGCCCGUCGCGCCGCCCGAGCCUGCUAGUCGUAGUCGUAGACGAAGUUGCAAGGAGAAAUGCGGUCCUCGUGCUGCGAUCGUCCCGCGGUCGAUUUCAUACGAAACUCUGCCCGGAAGUAAUCGUGUCGUCUGUCGUCUCAGGUCGCUGGACGUCGACCGAGUCUGCGACGACGCCGUCCGCGCGCUGCUGGAGAGCGGGGCCCUGGAGGUGGUCGGCGGGGGGGGCUGGGACAGCAUCGACGACGACACCGAAUUGGCUGUCAGCAAACUGGGGAGAGCCGCGAUCAAGGGAUGCAUGGAGUUAAGCGUCGCCAAGCGACUGUUGGAAGACUUGGAGAUAGCAUCACGAAGUCUCGUCCUAAUGGGCAGUCUACAUCUGUUGUACUUGGUGACACCUCACGACUCCGGUAUAAAGCCGGAUUACAGGCAUUACUAUUCGUUGUACUGCGAAUUGGACGAAGAAGGUGUGCAGACCGCUAAGAUAUUGGGGAUAACGGAAAUGAACGCGAUUCGGAUGAUGACCGGGAAACCUAUUACCAACGUACCAGAGAGUGUUCUGUGCCGAUUCUAUAUAGCGCUGAUGUUACGUGAUCUCUGGAGGCAGAUGCCGUUCCCUGCGGUCGCUGAGAAGUACGGCGUGUCGCGCGGCGCGCUGCAGGCGCAGCUGGCGGCGGCCGCGGCCUUCGCGGGCGGCGCCACGCGCCUGUGCGAGGAGCUGCCGGCGCGCUGGGGCUUCCGCGCGCUGCUGGAGCCGCUGGCGCUGCGCCUGCAGCACUGCGCCGCGCCCGGCCUCGAGCGCCUGCUCGCCCUGCCCGCCGUGCGCAAGGCCCGGGCGCUGCAGCUGCUGCGCGCCGGGUACAAGUGCGUGGAGGACGUGGCGCGGGCGAGCGCGGGCGAGCUGACGGCGGCCAUCGGCCACCUGUCGCGGACGGCGGCGGACCACCUCGUCAGCUCGGCUAGGAUGAUGCUCAUAGAGAAAGUUGAAAAUCUGAGGGCAGAAGCUGAGGACGUAAUGGAAGGCUUGAAGAUAUGAAAUAAAAAAUGUAGCAUUUUAAAAAGUUAUAGUAAAAUUGUAUGAUUUUUUUUUGUGUCGUAAUAUCAGGGCAAUGAUUUUUUAAAUUGUAUUUAAGCAGUAGCACAAUUUGUUAAGGUGAUCAUUAUUAUUAAUUAUCUGUGUUAAAAUAAUAAACAAUUACUGAUUCGA